CGCAGCAUCAGCAUCCGUCAGGCCGCAUCCAGCAGUCGCCAUGGAAACGCCUACACGUUCAGAGUAUGAACUCAUCUUUUGUCCACAGAGAGCUUUAGAAAAGUUUGAGCUGUGGUUGGAGAGGGAUGUUGGAGCUGGAGGAGCUGCAGAGUGUUGGACUCUGAGCUUUAGUUCAGUUAAAACAAGUCAACAACAAUCUCUGUAGGGGUUCCUCUGGACCGGGUCUGGGUUCAGUUCUGGUGCUGCUUCAGUCCUCUCUGUUUCUGUCUGCAGCUGAAGUGAAGCAGAUUUGACUCAGACUGCAGUGGUCUCUGCUGUGGAGGACAGGAGCCAUUAUUCAGGGGCAGGGGGAGGCGUCAGUAAGAAGCUCAGCCAUGGAGGGCGACUGCCUCAGCUGUAUGAAAUACCUGAUGUUCAUCUUCAACUUCUUCAUCUUUCUCGGGGGGUCCUUCCUGUUGGGGGUCGGUGUUUGGGUCUUGGUGGACCCAAUGGGCUUCAGGGACAUCGUGGCGGUCAACCCCCUGCUGUUUACGGGGGUCUACGUGAUCCUGGCCAUGGGGGUCAUGCUGUUCCUGCUGGGCUUCCUGGGCUGCUGUGGAGCCAUUCGAGAGAACAAAUGUCUGCUGCUCUUUUUCUUCAUGUUGAUCCUCUUCAUCUUCCUGGCGGAGCUGGCAGCUGCCAUCCUGGCCUUCCUGUUCAGGGAGCACUUAACCAGAGAAUAUUUCAGCAGGGAGCUGAGGCGUCACUAUCAAGGCCGGAACAACACUGACGUGUUUACGUCCACCUGGAACGUCAUCAUGAGCACGUUUGACUGCUGCGGCGUGAGCGGACCUGAGGACUUCGAGGACAGUCUCUUCAGGCUCCUGAACCCGACCAAGAUGGUUCCCGAGUCCUGCUGCCAGAGGAGCGGGUACCUUGGGGAGGCGGGCGUGGAGCAGUGUGUGAGUGGCAGCAUGGCCUUCAGACACAACAAGGGAUGUUACUCAGCCAUGGUGGAGUAUUUUCAGACGUACAUCUACUCAGCAGGAGCUCUGGCCAUUAUUGUUCUCGCAGUUGAACUCUUUGCCAUGGUGUUUGCUAUGUGUUUAUUCAGAGGGGUCCAGUAAUCCUCCUCCUCCUCCUCCUCCUCCUCCUCCUCAGCAGCAGGAGAACAGACUGUAAAAUAUAAAAUGGUGUGUAGUGUUGUGUGUCUGCUUGGUUUUAUGAUCAGCGUUGUUUCAAACAGCAGAAUCUCUCUGAUGAACACGAAGCUGCGUCGGUUCAGAAACAGACUUUUUCCUCCAGGUUCUGAACAAGCAGCAGAUGUGCACACAGCUGCCAGGUCCAGAUUUAAAGAUGGAAACACGUUCAGGUUGUUUCCUGUCUCUCACCUCACUCUUUGGUUUGCUGAUUUUCUCACUGAGUGUUUGCUAUAGCUUCUAAUUGAAGUUAUAAAUCAGAGAAUCUGCAGAUAACCUGUAAAUAUAAACAUAUAAACAGCAGUUUGUUUCUUUUUCUGUGGACUCCUGUUCAGCUCCACUUAGACACGUUUAUGGGACAAACAGCAGGAUAAAACAAAGUUUUUAUUGGUUUUACCUGCAAAUGAUUCAGAUAAUUUGUUUAAAGAGUCUGUGGUAUUAAAUUAUUGUAAUAAAUAUGAAAGCAUUUUUAGAAAGAUAACAUGUUGCGAAAAACAAUGCAUGCAGCUGAGAUGAACAGUUGUUGAGAUAUUCUCAUGUUCAGUAACAGGAAGUGAUGUCAUAGGGGAAUGUCUGCAUGUAAACAGACCAUUGCUACAAUAACUAACAGACUAGAGAAGAGUUUGAUGUUUCUUUAGAUUAUUUAGAGUCUCUAUCAGAGAGACGAAGAAGAGUUUUAUGAACAAAGA